CGAGUGACCAACGCAUUGACAGGCAACGUCUCACAUUUCGCGCAAAAGGUAGCCAGGUGUGGACGGACACUUUUAUUCGUACAAACUUUUUUUUGAAUAUACGAUUAAGUGUGCAUUUUCAUUUAGUGACUUGUUAUAAACUUAAACGUGAAAAUGGAUAUCUUAAAUAGGGUAGUGGCUGGAUAUCACGAUUUGAUGGACAACAAAAGUGAUCAACGAGUUAAGGAUUGGUUCUUGAUGUCAUCCCCGUUACCUACAUUAGCAAUAUGCCUCACAUACGUCUUCACAGUUAAAGUGCUCGGACCCAAGUUGAUGGAAAACAGAAAACCAUUCGAACUGAAAAAUGUCCUCCUCUGGUACAAUCUGUUUCAAGUUAUUUUUAGUUGCUGGUUGUUCCAUGAGAGCAUAGUUAGCGGUUGGUUUACUGGAUAUAGUUUCCGUUGUCAACCAGUCGACUAUUCGAGAUCACCUGAAGCGAUGCGUACGGUGAGAGGAUGCUGGUGGUAUUACUUCUCCAAAUUCACAGAGUUCUUUGACACGAUCUUCUUCGUAAUGCGUAAGAAGUUUGAUCACGUGUCGAAGCUGCACGUCAUCCAUCACGGAAUUAUGCCGAUGUCGGUCUGGUUCGGCGUCAAAUUCACGCCCGGUGGUCACUCAACAUUCUUUGGAAUGCUCAACACGUUCGUGCACAUUAUUAUGUACUCGUACUAUCUGCUCGCCGCGCUCGGACCUAAGGUGCAGAAAUUCCUCUGGUGGAAGAAGUACCUUACUGCACUACAAAUGGUGCAGUUUGUGUUGGUGUUCUUCCACGCGUUCCAGCUGUUGUUUAUCGACUGCGACUACCCGCGCGCUUUCGUCUGGUGGAUCGGCAUGCACGCUGUUCUCUUCUAUUAUCUCUUCUCUGACUUCUACAAACAGGCUUACCUUAAGAAGGCCAAGAUCGCGAAGGCCAAAGUGAAGGUAGAGAUGGAUACGUGUAAAUCGGAGACAAAAGAGAGGAAGUUAUCUUUGUUGAAUGGCUUCAGCAAUGGCUCCGCGUUGAGCGACGUGCGGCAACGGAUGGCGGGAGCUGUCGCCUCGCAGUGACACAAUUCUCUUGUUACUUUGAAAUAUUUUAACUGUGAUGAACUUUCCUGGCAUUAGUCAAGGUAUACUUAAACUACUGCCAUACUCAAAGACCUUUUUUAAAGAAUCCCUUAGUGAAUUGUCGUACUAAAUCUAAAGGACUUCCUUAAUGUCUCUGAGUGUGGUAGUUAUUCGGCGGAAGAAGCUCAAUUAGUGACAAUAAAUUUAGUUUUAAUUAGAUAUUAAAAUAGCUCUGACAUUGUAGAGUUUUUAUUUGCAAUGGUAAUGUAAGUUUAGCAUAUAAUUUAGUUUUAAAAAUGUUGUAGUUAAGUAAAAUUGUCGAACAAGACUCGUAGGUAUAAAUAUACUUUUUGUAUUAAGUUUCAUAAAAAGGGUUUUAACAUCGGUUAUGAUAAAAAAAUGCUCGAG